CCUCACAUUAAUAUGUGAUAUAGAAUUGUGGCUUAUUCUGUAGUGAAAGAAGAUGCUCUCUUGCCACAAGAGAGAGGAAGGAGAGCAUGGGAACCUGAGACUCAGUACAGCUUGUUCUUGAUCAUCCCAAAUCAUGCUUGAAACUUUUGUCUGAACUAGGCCUAAGUCAUUCAUGACUGGACAGAAUGCAAAGGAGGAUCUUCGGGUUGAUGGCCGUGGCUGUGAAGACUAUAGAUGUACUGAAGUGGAAACAGAUGUGGUAUCUAAUACAAGUGGAUCUGCAAGAGUAAAACUUGGGCACACAGACAUCCUGGUUGGAGUCAAAGCGGAAAUGGGAGUACCAAAGCUGGAUAAACCAAAUGAAGGCUACUUGGAAUUCUUUGUUGACUGUUCUGCAAAUGCCACUCCAGAAUUUGAAGGCCGGGGUGGAGAGGAACUUGGCACUGAAAUAGCAAAUACCCUCUACAGAAUAUUUAAAAAUGAGAGCUGUGUUGACCUGAAGCUGCUUUGCAUUAAUCCCAGAGAGCACUGCUGGGUGCUUUAUGUUGAUGUAUUGUUGUUGGAGUGUGGUGGUAAUUUGUUUGAUGCCAUCUCCAUUGCAGUGAAGGCAGCACUGUUUAAUACCAGGAUACCCAAAGUACGUGUUUUGGAAGAUGAAGGAGGACGGGAAAUAGAGCUUUCUGAUGAUCCCUUUGACUGUAUCCGGCUUAACGUAGAUAACGUCCCUUGCAUUGUCACACUAAGCAAAAUUGGCUAUAGGCAUGUAGUGGAUGCCACCCUUCAGGAGGAAGCAUGCUCUUUGGCUAGCCUCCUCAUCUCUGUGACGACUAAAGGUGUCCUAACCUGUAUGAAGAAAGUGGGAGGAGGGAGCCUCGAUCCAGAAAGCAUAUUUGAGAUGAUGGAGACAGGAAAGAAAGUGGGCAAGUUAUUACAUACCUCCUUGCAAGCCAUCUUAGACAAGGAAGAGAGUCUUGGAACAGCACGGAAAAAAGUCGGAUUCUUGGGAUGAGAACCAUCAGUUUGUUAAUCCUGUUGCAAAUUUAUCAAAGUGUGGUUUAUUUGUUCCUGAUUUUUUUUACAAAGAUCUAUGUAUAUUUUUUUAAAUAAAGGUGCAUUUUCCUUC